UCAGUCUGUCGUGCGAGGUGUCCCGAGUCUAGAUAAACGCAAUGCGUUCAGGUGCCGCUGAACUGGUUUGACUGAAGGUUUGUUAUAAGUAGAAAGUUGCUGAGGUGCAGGAACUCUAAAUGAAAUAAUUGAUUUUUUUUGUUUUUUGAGGAAGCCAUUCUGUAACAACAUGAGGGAAUUCACUGGAAUUCAUCUGAAAAUAGGCCUACUUUUGAGCUGUUGUCGAAAGCGUUCAGAUCAUUGUGGAAAACACUUUGAAAUCUGAUGGAAUGGCAGACAUUCCUCCGGCAGGUAUCCCAGCGUUCUCUUCAUGGCUCGCUCAGAUCUCAGACGCUCUCUCCAACGGCUUCCGCCGCCUCGGCCAAAACCAAGCUGUUGACUCUGAGGUCUCAGUGAGAGAUGAGAGUUCAGAAGUGGAGCAGAACUUGAGGCUUGUUCAUGGAUCUGGAGUGGAUGUGUCCUCCAUGGAUCCACAGGAAACGCUGGUGUUGCGAGGUCAGGGCGACAGGUUUAAAUAUGCCCCCUCUAUGGAACGUCUGACUCCCAUCAGCGAACAGACAGAUGAGCUGGAGAGCAGGAGGAGUCUGCAGGCGUCACGCUGCUCUGAUGCUGUGAAUAGUUACGGCGAUGACGAUGAGAUUUCCAGUUUAUCAGACAGCGAUGAUGAGUUAGCAAAGCAGUUUGAGAUCUCCGUUUCCCGCUCACAAAGCUUCCGUUCAGGGGUCACGGAGCUCAACACCCAGAGCGCACCAGGGCCACAUCACAAAUUUAAACGUCUGUUGUCUGACCAGGAAGAAGGAAGCACAGAGCUGUCUGACUGUGAAGAAGCUGAGAGAAACAGUGUGCAGAGUUUUCAAGAUCCCCUCUCAUCCAGGCGACGCUUUGGGUCUGAGCCGAGAGACCCCUUAUCACAGAGCCCUCUUCCUGAGGCCCGAACCCCCACAGACCCCCUCUCUCUGAUGGCGGAGCAGAUUUCUGUGGGCUCCCAGGACACAGGGGACGGUCUGGAGGAUCUACCCAGGUAUGAGGGCAGUCGCCCGGGCAGCAUGGGGCGGCAAACCCCACAAAGGAGCCUGGCGGUUGACAACCAUGGCUAUGACAACAGUGGGGCUACGGAUAGUUUCCCUACAUGGAGCCCUGAGCAUGAACAAUCUCCGUCCCACCCUUUGAGCUCUUCUCCUCGUGGACACAUCUCAAUAUGUGGUGACCUCAAAAUUGCCCUCGACUACCGGGCUGAGACCCACAGACUCCUGGUCACCGUGAUAUUGGCCCAAGGCAUUCCAGACAAGGCUCGGAGUGGCAUGGACUCCUGGCAGGUGCACGUGGUGCUGUUACCUGGGAAACGGCAGAGGCACAAGACGGCCGUGCAGAAAGGCUCCUUGCCCAGGUUCGAGGAGACUUUCCGGUUUUCGCAUCUAGAGCCAGGGGAUUUGGGCUCCUCUGCGCUGCGGUUCCGCCUGUACGCGCUGGGGAAGAUGAACAGGGAGAGGAUGAUGGGAGAGGCCAUGUACAGACUGAGCAGGCUGCAACACACAGGCAGGUUCGAGAUCACGCUGCUGCUGGAGCCACGCUGUAAUCUCAAGACAAUAGACUCCCAGGCGUCUUUCAGCGCACAGAGUGACAGUGCUUCCUCCAGUCAGUCUGUGUCUCAUGGUGGAAAUCCAGAACUACUGCUGGGUUUAUCGUAUAACGCCACCACAGGACGCCUGUCUGUGGAGAUCAUUAAAGGCAGCCACUUCCGAAACUUCGCACUCAACAGACCUCCAGAUACGUUUGGUAAGCUCACUUUGUUGAACUCUAUGGGACAGGAGAUAUCCCGCUGUAAGACAUCCAUCCGUCGCAGUCAGCCGAAUCCGGUCUUCAAGGAGACGUUUGUCUUCCAGGUGGCUCUGUUCCAACUGUCCGACGUCACAUUAAUGGUCUCCAUUUACAAUCGGCGGAAUAUGAAACGCAAGGAGAUGAUUGGCUGGGUGGCUCUGGGCCAGAACAGCAGCGGUGAGGAGGAACUUCUUCACUGGCAGGACAUGAAGGAGAGCGGAAACCAACAGGUCUGCCGCUGGCAUACACUACUGGAUGCUUAGAGGAGAGAGAUAGAAAUGCAAUCACUCUCAUUUCAGCUGGAAAUUCCUUUGGGAAGGAGGAGACAGCCAAGGCCAAAAAUACCCACAAAAAACGGGAAUGAACAAGCAGCGUUUAAUAGUAUCAAACAAAGAUAAGGCAUGUACUUCUGAAAAUCUUGGAAGCACAAAGAAACACCCACGCAACACCACUCUUCUUCUCCCUGAGAGCACUUUAUACAGCUUUUUAUCUGGUAACCAGGAAAUGACAUCACGGCGUUAUAUACAGACUACUCUCUUUAACCCCAACAGCAACCAAUCAAAACGCAUUAUUGCCCGAGCCACAGGGAUUGCCACCUAGUGAUUUAAUGAAUGGAGGAUUGAUUUGAAAUGAUUAAAUGCCUUUCUUCAGAUGAUUUUAAGCCUCAAGUUCAGACCCACACCAGAACACAGCUGGUGGUUAUUGGUGAGGUUUUGAAAGCCCAAAUGAGUGGAAAACUGCACUUUCAUUCAUGCUCUCCAACUGAUGACACUGAAGCUGUUUCUUUUUAUUACAUUUUACAUUUUUUAUUACAUUUUACAUAAA